AUGACGCUGCAAAACUUGACGCAAGCGCAUUUUCGUAAACUUGUUGGGCUCAGGCAACUUGACUUAGCCGAGAAUAAUAUGAAUAUUUUGAACGAAAAUGUCUUUGCAACACUUACGCGUUUGAAUUUUCUGAACUUGAGCCACAAUGGAAUUGUGGAGAUAUUACCAAAUCAAUUUGCUAAACUGAAUAAACUGAUAAUACUGGAUCUCAGCUAUAAUUCGUUAACAUAUUUAAGUCCUAAACUUUUCGAGCAAACCCCUUUGUUAUGGCACUUGAAACUCAGAGGCAAUCAAUUGCACGAUACAACAAAUAUUAUAACAAUUCUCAAACCGUUGAAUUUUUUACAUAAGUUAGACUUAAGCGAAAAUAAACUGCGAACGAUUUGGGGCAACGCGACUUAUGCCAAUGCCCCAGCUACAUUGGCUACAAAUUUACAUAACAGCAAUAUGCCGAUGAACUUCGAGUUAGCAAAAGGUCUGAAUUAUGUCAGCACAUUGCAACCUAACGAGUACCACAAAAGCAAGCGUACGUUGAAAUCUAUAAAUUUAAGUCGCAAUCUUCUGAUCGGGUUUAAUAUGGAUUGGAUUUUUGAAAUCGGCAUAACAUGCCCUUUCAAAAUUAGCUUAGAACAAAAUUUGAUUAAACACGUAUAUGCUUUAUCAAAUAUGCUCAGUAAAACUAACGACUGUGAAGGCGAAAUCAAAAUGGCUGGCAACCAUAUCGAAUGCGAUUGUAAACUAGCAUGGAUUUACAAUAAUAACUAUAGCAGGUAUUUCAGCGAUCUGCAGUGUAAUCAGACGUCAACCAAACUACUAACGAAUUUCACACAGCUUCGACGGCAUGAACUGUGUGCUUGGCAACCGGUGCAAUGUCCCAGAAACUGCGUUUGUUCCACAAAAUCCGAAUUGCUGCACAUCAAUUGCACUGGCGCACAACUCAGCGCUAUGAAAGAGUUGCCACGUCCCGAACAAGUAUUUCUCACGACUUCGUUACUCGAUAUAAGCAAUAAUCGUUUCACUAGACUGCCUCUGAACACCACCUUCGGCUACGCCAACGUUUCACAGCUCUACGCCGCGAACAAUCAAAUCACCAACAUAAGUCUCUUGGAACUACCAACCGAUUUGACGGUUUUGGAUCUGCGAAAUAAUCGCUUAAAAUCGUUAUGUGCUGAUUUUUUGCGUGUAUUUCUCAACGAAAGCACGAAACUACAGUCUCUGUAUCUAAGUGCAAACCCUUGGAUUUGCGACUGUGCUUCACGGGAGCUCCUUUACACACAAGCCUGA